GCUUUGUACGUACAAGGUGGUGGAGGCAUAUGGGGAUGUGUGGAGUGGAGGUUGAAUUGAGCCAUGCAUUAGCUGAUGUUAUUGGUGGUCUGGUAUAUACUCAUGGUUAUAAUUACGUCACUUGUCAUUCCAGAGAUUAGUAAUGGACUUGUGAAGGGCAGUGAGAUCAAUGGGCUGGCUGUACGUAGUCCAGCCUAGUACAAUUAUUCCUGAUCAGAUGCCAAAUUCUGUGCACGAUCGAGGAGGACUGCCAUGAAGCCGACCCGCGCGCGCCGUAUGAUUCAUUCAAACUUUGGAAUAUCGAUUCGCCCACACUUGCAAGGACCACUUGCAAUACUCACGAAACCCUUGCUUCCUGCUGGCAGCUGUAGUGCUGUGUAUAUAUAUAUAUAUAUAUCCAAUAAGCAUCGCCUUAAACCACAACCACAUCUUCUUGCUGCUGCUGCAUCUCAUUUCUCUGCAAACCCUAAACGAAGUUAAAGCAGAUGAUGGCCAUGGCCAAUCAAGGACCCCCCAGUCGAGAACACUUUCACCGUCCAGAAGCGCUGCAACUUGCACAGCUUUCACAAAACAUGGCUUCUUCCGAGACAUGCGAGGAUCUCGAGCCUCAGCCGGCCUACUUCCGAUCUUCAGAAGCCGUGAUGAUUUCGGAGAAAAUAAUUCAUCUGUCGCCGGCGACGGGGAAGACGCCGAGAGAAGAGAAGGAGGCUGUGGACGAGCUGGUCGUGAUCCUGAUCGAGUGCAUGGACGAGAUCAACACGAGAAGUAGGGAAUUCUUGCUGAGGAAAUUCUUCUUCGAGGUUGAGAGAGAUGAGAGGCUCGAAAGGUUCAUCGUCGAAAGGCUGAAGCAAUCUAGGGUUGAAGCUAUCUCCCAGCUCUGUGAAAAGCUUCCUAGGUGUGUGCGGCGGCGGUUGAAUCCGAGUUCAGCCAAUUUUGAUCCAGAGCUCGAAGUGAUGGACAUUGAUGAUGAUGAACAAGGAGAAGAAGAUCAAGAUGAUAACGUUACGACAAGAGGCAUCUGUGUGUCUGUUGAAGGCUUCUCGCAGAAGCUUGAGAGAUUCAAAAUAAAGACUCUUGAUCUGGGGGAGGCUGCCAACGAGGAAGAAAGGAAAUAAGAAUUAGGGUUUCAUAUCAGCCCUCAAAAGUUCUGUCCAAGUCGGAAACUGUGUUUAAAUUGCAAGAUUAAAUUCCAUUCCAUUCCAUUCCGUUCAAUUGAUUUAUUAUUUAUUUUAAAGAUUAAUUUCUGUAAAGCAUAUAUACGUACUCUUCAGUUUUUGUUUCGUCCUUGCCUCUCGUAGACUAUGGUCCCUAAGUGGUUAUAUAUCCCUUUACCCUUAAUUGGGCUCAUAAGCAAGCACCUUAACCAAAGCAAUUCAAGCAGCAGCUGGAGCCAACUUGUUCCCAUCAAAAUAUAUAUAAAU